CGCAGCAUGUUACGACUGAAUUAACGCCACUGGUCUGGUGUGGGUGAUCCACGUAAGCUCUUUUGCCGCGACAAAAUGUCAAGGGUCAUCAGUGAUAGACAUAUGCGCCCCGCCGCCCCAGCUGCCUGGCAGACAUCCAACGGCGCUCAAGAAGUGAGCAGACCGUAUCCCGUGCAGCCUACAGUCCUUUAUUCAGAAGGACCUCUGUCACCGGCUCCCCAUCUUCCGUCCUCAGUUCAUGAAAUGACGGCUCGAGAUGCGUGACAGAAAGCUUCAUUUUCUGAGGGAAGAGGGCGAUGGCGGCAGGCAAGGCGCCCCACAGGCUCAAGGAGAUUAUGCUCACCUCCGUAAGCACCUAUAUGACAUACAAGACGACACAAUGUGUUGACGCUGUGACGACUGAUGAGAAGUGUGGGCAAUAUGAUACCUUCAAGGCUUUGGUCUUGCUGACAAGGGGUAUCCUGAGGGCAAGGGCGAUGAGCGGUGGAGGGAGGAUAAGGACGGGAGCCGGCAAAACGAUUCGGGAUAUGGCCACUUGUGUUAGUGCAUGUCUGGCUGCCAGCCGGGAUUUGCCGAGCGUUCGACCGGACGAGUCCUGGAAACAGUAAGAAUGUGUUUUCUGACGCCUGCAUUAUGUCCGGCUCACCUCAACGGGGAUGCCCUGCAACAAGAACGGGGAAUGGAUCUGCUCUGGAUUGUGAACUGUGCUUUUAUGGCUCACUUCAAUGAGUUCGUUGCUUCUCAUGAGCACUGCAUUGAACACCCCAGCACCUGCCACUGCCGUGAAUGGAACCACCCUUUGGAGCACUGUUCUGGAGCCAAGCGACAUGCCGCUCAGACAGAAGGGAAGAUGCCGAGAGUCUCCGUUCACCCCACAACCUACCUCAUGCCAGGCGAGAGCGUGGCUCUUUUGAGCCCUUCGUUCAGGCCCACCGCCAAGCUGACAGACACCGCUGUGGCAGAACUGCAUAUACAGCCGCAGACAGGAGAGGAGAAGUCAUGGUCUCGCUGGUCCAUCGUAUUGCCUCUGCAAUGAGAGUGCCUACCCGUAAGCCAUCAGAGUGUUCUUAGUCUCAUUUCUUCUGGCCUCAUCGGACGGAUCCUUGGACUUGUUGGCGUUCGCCCAAUUGAACCUACAAGACGAAACAAGUUCACGUGGGGACCUACAUCGAGUUGUUGAGACGAGAGAUGUCGACCUACAGCGCGUUGUACGUCUGGUUGACCUACACCGGUAGACACCGAACGAUUUGGUGAGUUGCGCUGGCUGUCCACCCACUGUACCUACCCAUUGCCAGAGAGCAGCAUUGGCGACCGUCGGGGGACUCAACAACAUGCCUGCAGGACGUAUACAUGGAUGUAUGUUGUAUGUAUGUAGAUCUGCGUCGAACACCCCUGCGGCAGCGCCUCACCCACCUGCCACGAUGGGUAUGUUGACAGGCACGAACGCAGCCAGUCGGAGGGGGAGGGGGAUGGGCUCGUGGGUCUGGGGAUGCACACUGGCAUCCAGAAGCGUCUGCGCCUCCCAUAGCCUCUUGAGCUCGGGGGAGCCAGGAGGCGGUGCCGAACCGGCCUUGCUGAAACCAACACCCGACAAAGCAUAUGAGAAGGUGGUGGAAGGUUAUGACAUCAUUCGCCUCACUUUUUGAACUCAUCGAUGAGGGCCUGCGCUUGAAGCAAGUCUGCAUCCGUCUUCAGCAGAAGGGAGGGGUCAAUCAGUUUGACGAAGUGCUGUACGCGACCAAAGUAGGUCGACUGGUCAGACGCCAUGAAAAACUGAGGUAGGGUAAAU